AUGGAAAACUCUUUACAAACCUUAAUCGAUCUUAAAGAUUAUCCUAUUGAUGAAGCUUCAUUAGAUCUUGAUGAAGAGAUUAUUACUACCAGCAUAUUCUUUCCAAGAUCUGAACCAGAAUGUGUUAUAUGA